CUUCUCCUCGCCUUCUCUAGCCAAGCACAACCUCAACAGCCAACACCAUGUGUGGAAGCUACUACGGAAACUCUUAUGGAGGCUGCGGCUAUGGAGGCUGCGGCUAUGGAGGCUGUGGCUAUGGAGGCUGUGGCUACGGAGGCUGCGGCUAUGGAGGCUGUGGCUACGGAGGCUGCGGCUAUGGAGGCUGUGGCUACGGAGGCUGCGGCUAUGGAGGCUGCGGCUAUGGAAGCUCUGGCUACAAAGGCUGGGGCUACAGAGGCUGUGGCUAUGGAGGCUGUGGCCACAGAGGCCUGGGCUGUGGCUAUGGCUCCUGCUAUGGCUGUGGCUCUGGCUGUGGCUACUGGUAACAGAGACUCUCACCCUCUACGCCUGGACGUGGGAUUCACCAAUUCUGAGCCUCACACUUUUGGGUGCUGAUUAUCCUACAUCACAGGUUUUAGACACCACUUUUCUGAAGAGUUGAACUCUGGUGCUCUCUACGUCUGAACGACAAGUCCUUCCUUUCUUGAAUAUAACCCGUGAAAAGUAGAAGAAUGUGAAAAUUAUCCUCUGAGCUCCUGUGUGGUGUUUCAUCCAGAUGAGGCUGUCAUAGUUCCUGUCUUUUGAUUUUCAUACUGAAUAUUUUUCUCCAUUUCUCUAAUAAACUUCUUCAAUUUGGCAUAACAA